AUGACGACGGUUGAGGAGCUGUGCGAGAAUUUUACAAAAAUCGGUUUGAUACGCGAGUGCGAGAAGCUGGGUUUGCCAACCAACGGUGGAAAGUGGGAAAUUGCGGAAAAGAUCAUCAACCAGCGGAGUAAGAUGGGCUCCAAUGGUGAAGACGGUGAUGUUCUGGAAGGCGAAAAAGACGAUGAUCGGUGCCCGGAAGAUGAUGGUGUUUGUGAGAAAGACGGCUCGCAACACUCCGGUAUCGAUGAACACGAUGACGAUGGCAACCCAAGCAAUCACGACGAAGAUGAUGACGAAGAUGACGAUAUCGAGGAAGAGGAUGAAGAAGAUUCUGAUGUAAUGUAUCGGACAGCAAUGAAAGUUUCAUCAACUCCCAAAAUUUCACGAGAUACAUCGAAACGACUAAAAGUGUACUCCUUCAGAGACAUGGAAGAGAGUAUUGAAUCCUUUGGUGCCGAGGAAGGAGAAGACGUGCGAAUGUGGCUGAUGCAACUUAAAAGCGUGUGCAAAGCGGCACGUUGGGAUAAAGAACAGCAGCUAAUUAUGUGCCGUAAGAAACUGACCGGAACGGCAAGACGAUUCAUGUUUUCCCUUCGGAGUAGUUUCAACAGUUUCGAGAAGUUGGAAAAGGCGCUGAUUAAGGAAUUCGCUCCACGCAUACGGGCAGGCGAUGUGCAUCGUGCAUUGACCAACCGGAAGAAAAGGUCAACCGAGACAAUUCGAGACUACAUUUACGACAUGCAACGGCUGGCGCUUCCGAUCGAUCUAGAUGAGCCAAGCCUGUGUGAGUAUAUAGUGAGUGGAAUUACCGACGAUAAGUAUUAUCAGUCGUCACUAUUAGAAGCCCAAACAAUCGAACGGCUGAAAAAGAAACUGGCUACCUUCGAAAAGGUAACGAAGACAGCAGAGGACAAGACGAAACGUGAGGAGUUAUCAUACAAGAAGCAACCUGUUAUGAGAAACAGUAAAGUCGCAAGGUUUCCAGUGGUUAGAACUGAAGCGACGACAGCCGCUUCCAUUCCAGGAAAGCACUGCUACAAUUGCGGCGAGCGCGGGCACCAGGUACAAACGUGUCCCAACAAAGCACAAGGUCCGAAGUGUUUCGCCUGUAGUUCUUUCGGACAUCGGGCCACCGAGUGUCCACAUAGGAACGUUUCGCGAACAAACAUGGUUGUGGACAAUACAGGAAUGGUCGAGACGAUUAUCAAUUCCACGAAACUCCAAGCUCUGUUCGAUAGCGGCAGUCAGCAGAACCUGAUUACCAGAACGGGCUACCAUAGAAUUUGCGAACCUCCGCUUACCCACACUACGAUGCAGUUUUGUGGAUUUGGUGGGGUAAAAACCAAAGCGAUCGGCUGUUUCGCCACGGCCCUGACAAUAGACAACACGACCUACAGCGAAGUGAAGUUUUUCUUGGUACCCGAUGAAAGUAUGCCAUACCAUCUGGUGUUGGGCAGAGAUUGCUUGAACAUAUUCGAAGUAAAAAUCACGUCGUCUGGUAUUGAAGUAAUUCCGCGAGAGUGUACGAGUGAAGUAUUGUUGAUUCAAUGCGAUAAUGGUCAAGAGAUAGAUGCCCCGCUGAAAUACGUUGAGAGCAUACAGAAGCUUAUUGACAAUUAUUCUCCAACUACGCAAAUGAAUAGUAAAGUUGAAACGAAAAUAAUCUUGUAUGAUGAUACACCUGUGCGCUCCUCACCAAGGCGGUUCGCACCAGGUGAAAAGGCGGUAUUGGAAAAAACAAUGGAUGAGUGGUUGGCGGCGGGUAUAAUAAAAGAAAGUGAGAGUGACUACGCGAGUCCCGUUACGCUUGCGCGAAAGAAGGACGGUACCUUACGAGUAUGUGUAGACUACCGUGAGCUAAAUCGGAAGAUGGUGAAGGAUUGCUUUCCCAUGAGAAACAUUGAGGAUCAGAUUGAUCGGUUGAAAUCGGCAAAUGUGUUUACUACGCUCGACUUGAAAAAUUCGUUUUUUCAUGUUCCGGUAGAAACCUCGAGUCAGAGGUACACUGGUUUCGUUACCCACGCGGGACAAUAUGAGUUUCUUCGAACACCUUUCGGGCUAGCAAAUAGUCCAGCGAGUUUCGGCCGAUUCGUGGCUGAUGUGUUCCGCGAUCUGAUAAAACACGGAAGUAUUCUAGUGUACGUGGAUGAUCUUAUUAUUCCUUCUUCCGACGUAGAAACAAACUUACAAACUCUUCGAGAAUUAUUGAAAGUUGCGGGUGAAAACGGUGUUCAGUUUAACUGGAAAAAAUCGCAGUUUUUGAAGACUGAAGUCGAGUAUCUUGGUUUGUACAGCGCGCAUCGCCGCAUCCUUAACGCGCUCCGUAAGGUCCGGGGAACAGCUUCAUCGCUCGCGGAUACUCGCUACUACUACUACUACUCGUGCAAAAACGCUCCAGAAUGUCCACCAGCACCCAGAAAGGGAUGUGAAACGGCACGUGGUGGUGUUUCAACACGGUUACUAUCACCGACGAUGCGGCAAUGA